UGUUGCGUGAAUUGUGAAUGUGAAAGAUAAACAUGGUAUCAGAUCGUGGAAUCAGCGAAAUCUUUGUUUCUACUUGUUGUGUGCAAACUGUGAAUGCGAAAGAUGAGUACGUAUAUAGAAAAGUUGACAAGCAGUCCGAAUCCAAAGACGAAAGCGUUUUUGGAAAAAUUAGCAGAAAUAGCUUUUGCAGGGAUAGAUAUAUGCGUUUUAGAAGCUCCGAACGAAUCCACUAUGGAUAUGCAGAGGUGCUGCGAAGAUGAAGAAAGCUGUGAAGACAUUCCUGAUAUGAAAGAAGAGUGCAAUCUGACCAGAACAGAAACAUUUACUGUUGCUAACUCGUCUGAAACAACACCUCCACUCUCACGCAACGAGACAUUUUUUGCAAAAAUCAUCGACAUUUUGUCUCUAACCGAGAGCGAUUAUGACUAUGAUUCACUAUUUCCAAGUAGAAGACUUCAUGAAGUAGAAUCAUAUCAGGCGAGCUCUCCCAGAGUUAUUAAACCUAUUAGAAAAGAGUCGAUUGAGAAGAAUCCCUUUCAACAUGUUUUACCGCCUGUUAACACCGAUUUUUACAUUCCCAAGAAAGUCGUGUCGUAUGAAAGUAAAAAAGUAGCUGAUGUAGUUCACGAUCUAGUUUUCGAAAAAUACGAACAACGCUAUAACACUCUCUUAAGAAAGCUGCGAAAAACUCAUUUUACGAAAGCUGAUAAAAAAUUCAUUAACGUCAUUGAAGAGAUGAAACGUUCGUUUGCCACGAACAGCAACGAAGACGUUCCGGAAUUAUUUUCAGAAGAAUCGGAUAAUGAUGUAGAGUAUCAAGGAUAUGACAGUGAUGAGGGGUAUGCGGGGUACAAUGAAAUGAAUAAAACUUCUGAUCCAACCGAACAUUUCGUCACAGCAUUAGAGACAUUGUCUAUUCAAGUGAAAUCCAAGGAUGAUGCCAUAGGCAUCACUUCUCAAUCACAACCACAGAACAAUAACAUAAACGGGAACAGAAUCAGCUGUGUUUCGAGUAUUAUGGCCGAAAAUGAAGCGAAGGUGUCUGCCUACGAUGAACGGAAGUUUCUUUCUAUGGCUAUUGGGGACGAACUGAAAAGAGGCUCUACAGAGGAUUACGUUUAUCCACGCACGGCUAGCGUAAACAGCAAUGAAAUAUCCGAAUUGGUAUCGUCAACAUCAUCAACGAUGAAGUUGUCCGAGAUGAAUCCAACGGAGUUUUUGAAACAUACACUUCAGAGCUCUGAAUCUUUAUUCAAUCUCAUUGAAAAUAAUUCCUGCGUGUCCUAUGAAUGCCUGACAAACCUCAGCGAAGAAGCUUUUUUUGAUAGUGCCAGAAAAAAUCUGAAGAAACGAGUCUACAUUGAAGAAAAUAUUGCAAACCAACUGCUGGGCUUCCUCGAAUUUGGCAGAUCAAACAUUGACAAAUUUAUUGGCAGCAAUGCUCAUUUGGAAGCGGAAAGACUCCUAACUGUAUCAAAUAUACGCAGACAAGCUAUAUUAGAUCUGAUGAUUUCUCCAUAUUCACCAACUCAUCACGUCCGAGCACAAAUAACCAUACAGAACGCAAGGUGCAUUAUCAACGACGAAGAUCUAAACGACUACACUAUGGUCUCAAACUAUCUCCUAGUUCUCAGCUACAGAGACAGGAUCUACAGUACGAAACCUAUAUCGCCCAACAAGCUAGGUUGGAUUGACCUUGGAGGACCUUUUGUAUUCAAUAGUGUUCCUAACACGUUUGAGAUUAAAGCGGAACUAUUCGCCAUCAAAUGCAACUCCCAUUCUCCGAAAAUUUCCUUUAAGAAUAUCUUUUUUGGCCGCAUACCAAAACUACCCAUGAUCAGGCUUGUUGGAGAAACUUAUAUUAACUUGAGUAACGCUAGCAACCAGAAAUUUACUUUUAAGAAUAUCAUCAAAAGUAAGUAUAGGCCAAACAGACUCACUGCUUCAGUAGAAAUCGGCAUACAGUGGCCCGAACCGCUUAAAGCAUUCCUAAGCAUGGGUUCAGAACGACCUGGAAAACAAGUUCUGUGGAAUCGUCGAUGGUUCGUUCUCGAAAAAUCCAAAUUGUCCUAUUACACUCACCCCUCUGAUGAAAAUUACUGCAGUCCCAGAGCAAUGCUUGAUUUAACGGAGUGUUUAUUCUGCGAUGAAGUCAACAAACUGUACCCAAACAAGAGAUCUCUCGUACUAGUACUAGGGUGUGAAAAACAGAAAAAGAUAUAUGUCACUCCAGAUACGAGUGAUGAACUAAAACUCUGGCAAGAAAGGAUUCAUUUGGUUUUAAAAAGCCUUAAAUACUGGAACAUUGAAAAAUUCUAAUGUGACAAACUGUAAUGUCUUACUGUGCACUGGUGUGAGAAGGAAUGGAUAACGUGUGAAUGAAUUAUUUAUUAAGCUAAUGUAGAGAUAGAUAGAUUUA